AUGGCUGUUGGCGGCUGUUUUUGCGGAAAGGUUCGGAUCCAAUAUAGUGGCCAGCCUUUAGUUUCGGCGCUUUGCCACUGUUUCGAUUGUCGCAAACUUACCGGCGGUCUCUACACGUAUAAUUUCAUCAUCAAAAGUGUCGACCUGAAAAUCACAGCUGGAAGUCCUAAAGAAGUGCCAAAAACGGCAGACAGUGGAAAUCAUAUCAAGAACUAUUUCUGUUCAGAUUGUGGAACGCCGCUCUAUGGGCUGACAAUGAAGUCUGAUGGUACUCCUGACGAGAAAACAGUCCUUCGAGCAGGAAUACUGGAUGAUACCGGGAUUCUGAACGCGCUACCGCCUAAGGCGGAGAUAUACACUGAUGGACGUGUCAGUUGGGUCAGUCCUGCUGAAGGGGCUGGGCAAUUUACUGGCAUGCCACCAGCCCCAUAA